AUGUCUGCAUACUACCACUUCAGCGCUCACCAACAGCACCCAACACCGGCGACGGCAGCGGCUGUCUCGCACAGCCACCACGGCGGUCGAAAUCGCCGAGCGCCGAGGUUGUCUGUGUCGCAAAAUCCGCAGAAGCAAUUUCGUGGUGCGAGAAGUAUGAAGGAGCUUACCGAGUCGACAAACCUCUGGACGUUUCGAAUGAGAUUCGAAGCUGUGCGGUCAUUCGACUUGGAAGACGACAUCGAGUUCUGCCCGGGGCUCUUGACUGAGAGCGAUCUUGUGUCGAUACACAGCUCUUCCUCGGAACGGUCCUCGUUGGCAAGCAACUCGCCGCGAGGAUCCCCGACCCAGCAACCCACCCAGGUUGCGCCAACCUUCUCGUUCAACUCGUCAUCUCCGUCGUUCAUCCCCCCGGUGUACCAAAGUCAUCAGUCGCCCUUAAAGAUCCACCAGCCCUCUGCCACGCGCGCCCGCAACGCCAUCCCAAUCAUCAACCCUGCCACCGGCGUUUCCCUGUCGAGCCCGUCCCCUUCGGUGUCGCCCGCCAGGAUGCAGCCGCAACCCGUCGGCCGACGUUGGUAA